UUAUGCCGACGCGCCUUGCCUGAGGGACGACCUUCUCCGCCAACCACUUCAGGUUGGAAAAUACUUACUGUCCCCAUCCACCCCAGGCUGUAUCGAGCAGACUCGAUUGAAUCGCUACCCGUCAUGAGCGCUCCUCCUCCAGCGGGCAAUGGCCCCCCGCGCCCACCUGGUCGUCCCCAGUUCGCUCCUCGGAAACCAGCUUCUGCCAAUCCCCUCGUGGCAAGAAAGAAAAAGAGGCCGCAGCCCGUAUUUUCGAAACCACCAAAUAAAAGACAAGGCCUAGGAAAAGGCGAUCUAGACGAGGAAGAAUUGCCUGUGCUCAAUGACCUGAGCGAUCCCGGAAUGCGCAAGCUGGCGCAAAUCCGGGAACAGAACGGGGGCUGGACGGAGAAAACGCCAGCUACUUACAAAGACUUUCCCUUGGUAAUGACCAAGCGGUCACUCCUGGAGGGUCUGCGUCACCAUAUAAUGCGCCUAAGCAACGCGAAAGGAGAAGCGAGCAAGGGGAAGGCGGAUGCUGUAGUGGACAUCACAAACCAGGACCAGUUCCCGCGCCCAGUCACCCUGCUGCGCCGCGACCCGAGACUUCCGCCUGCCCACCGUAUGGUUAUGAAGGAGGAGUCGACACCCGUAGAUCCCGCCGAGGCCGCCGAGUUUGAGCGUGCCCGCCAGCUCAAGGCCGACAAGGAGGCGCAACGGGCCUUAGAUCAAGCACAGAUAGCUCCUGUUGCGAGAGCCAACGAACCGAAACCCAAGCCAAACAACAAGAAGGAGAAGCCAACCGCCUUCUACGGGAGGAACUCGGAUGCGCAGAAGAAGGAAUCCAAGAUUCAUUAUGAGGAAACUUGGCCGUGGCACCUAGAGGACGCCGAGGGCAAGGCGGGCGUGUGGGUCGGUUCGUAUAUCGCCAGCCUGUCGGACCUGAACGUUGCGCUAGUUAUCGAUGGCGCGCGCUUCCGCAUGAUUCCGCUCGAGCGGUACUACAAGUUCGACGAAAAGCCGAAGUUUGAUACGCUCUCUCUCGACGAUGCCGAGAAGAUGAUGUACGAGGUCAAGGAGAUCAAGCGCUGGGUAAUGAAGCAGAAAGACCAGGAGCUCAUGGAGAGAGAGAAGAGCGAGACGCGCCGGUUCUUGGGCGGGCCCACGCGUGUCAAGACGGAGAGCGCCACUUCGCGCAUGGCGCGCAGGACCGAGAGACAGGAUGACUUUGAGCUUGACAUGUCAGGUGAUGAAUUUCAGGACGAUGACGAGGCGCCCAACUUUGAGGCGGAUGACGAUGAAGAUGCAAAGGACGCCAAGGACCGCAUCCGCCGCGAGCAGGUAGGAGCCAACACUUUUGGCGCCGGUGAGGAGGAAAAGGUCGAGAAACAGGAGCGGGAGGAGCAGCUGGAGAAGAUCCGAAGCAAAAUGAUGGGCAAACAGACCGUCAAGACCCUCAAGAAGCUUGAACAUGGGCAGGAUUAUGAUGAUCUGGAGUCUGGUUCCGACCAGAACAACCCCUUCACUGACGAAUCGGCUUCCGAAGACGAGGAAUCGGAAAAGGAGUCAGACAAGGAGGAUGAAGAGGGCAAAAAGGCCAGCCAGAAAGACCAAGGUGCCUCUGGGUCGAACACGAAGGGCAAUACGACACCCUCUGGGAAACAGAGAACGGUCGAUGCACUCAAAAAGGGCAAGCUAAAGCGGGCCGGUUCGCCCAACAUGUCCGAGUCGAGCGACAACGAAGCCAUUCGUAAGAAGCUCAAAACCGGAAAAGCAUCCGUUGCCCCUAGCCGUGGGGGGACUCCGAUCCCCGGGCGGCCAAAGCCGGUGAGCGCUGCCAUGAGCGAUGGCGAGGCUACGGCGGGCGAGGGAUCGGAUGCAGGCGCCAAGCUCAAGAAGAAGCUCAAGGUGAAGGCGGGAAUGCGGCCGGGCGCGACGCCUUCAGGUUCAAGGGCUGGCAGCCCCGCCCCAGGAGCAAACCGAGCACCCAAGCCCGGUGCUGCGACUCCCAGCGGGUCACCACCCCCAGGCCAGGCUCCCGAUAUCAUCCAGCCCAGGGAAAUUGCCGAGGCCCUGGCUCCGUAUGCCAAGGAGGGCAUCAGUCUGUCCAAUCUCAUGAAGAAGUUCCAGGGACGCGUGAACAAGCCUGGCAACAUCAACACCACGCAGUGGGUACAGAUGGUCAAGGCCCACGGCGUCUACGGGGCGGACAAGCUUCUACGGCCCAAGUCCGGUUAGGUAGCGUUACUGGAACGCUAUCGCGCCGUCGAAUAUGCCAUGGCCCAGAGAUUUGGUUUCAGAGGCAGGUAUACUUGGCCCGAUUCGGCUGAGCGGCGGCCCAUGCACAGAGGUUGAAGGAUGAAAUGGUUUCCGUUGAUUGCCAGGUGGUUUCUAGAAUGGCAUUGGUGUUCGGUUACGGGGAAGCAAUCCGAGUUUUGAAA